CGCCACCAAUAUAAAUAUAUAGGCAUGUAUAUAUAGCGCAUCUCUCUCUGUUCACGGUUCCCCCAAUCACAUCAAGGGGUUGGGGCCAGAAUCUCCUUCCGACCGCCCGUCCAAGUGCCCACAAGUCUUGUUCUUCUGAGAUCACUAUCACUGACCAGUGGCACAACCACACGCCACUCGCCCUAAACUGAGUCAACUCUGUGGCAAAAGCCUCAUUUUUCCGCUCGCUCUCUGCAGUAAACGCUGGCCGAUGCCUCUAGAGGCGUUAUGGUGGCGGAUAUAGCAGAGCCUGUGGCCUCAUUCAAGUCCGUGGGCCUGAGUCGUCGAUCAUUCCCUGAGCGAUGCGUACCAGACACGCUAUACUACAUCUCUCUUUAUUUAUGCGACAAAGAUCGAACAGCGCUCUCAUCUACUUGUCGGUACACCUACCUUGCUCUUCUACAAACUCGAUUCCGCAAGGUCAAGUUUUUUCAUCCUCCACUUCGUGAUGAUAGGAGGGAGGUCGGAGCCAUGCAGCGUCAAGCCAAGCUCGUUCGGAAUUGCACAAUUCAUUUUUAUUACUGGUCAUUUCCCGACGUGUCCCCUCCAAUUCCAUCUCACAUUGAUGCGCUGCCAUCCAUGGUCAAUCUCACGGAACUUACUCUGGACGCCGGAGAAGGGCGCAAUCGUGGCGCGGAGUUCAUCAGAGACAUGUUAAAAAAGCCCCCAAGCUUCAGGCUCAAGUCUUUAACGACCAAUGUCCCGUUCACUCGACGAGCCGUGAAAGGAUUUUUGCUGCUGCACAACGAAACGCUCACAGUAUUGAAGUAUCUCGUUCGAAAGCCCUUGGAACUUCCACCUGAAGCGUUGCCUCACUUGGAAUUACUAGUCAGUUACGAGGAAACCGUCAAUCUCAUUGCGCCAGGGCGAAGCCUUCGCACGCUAUGCCUUGCUGAGGAUGGAUCGCUAGGCAAGGAAGUUUCGGAUGGACACGCCAUGGUUGGGUCUCGAUGCGCUAGGCAUUUUCUGGCGGCCCCGAUGUCACACUAGCUCAGGCUCACCAGCAUUACAUUCGUACAGUACACUUUACAGAACGCACAGGAUAGUCCGCAGGAUCUAUGUAUGCUAUCAUUAUAGUGCCAUUUCUCUAUCUCCGUACUACUAUAGCCACAACGGAUAUUAUCCCCCUAUUCAGAGCUUUGCUCCACCUGAGUCAGCACCGGUGCCGUGACUGGGUGCGCUAGUAGAGUGUAAUGCCACUUCCUCGCAUGGUGUUAGCUCGCUCUUAUGGGACGACUUGAGACAUAUGCUUCUAUCUGAUUGCACGCGCAGAACGGUGUUGAAUUUAGGUGGCCGUGUGCCCACUCGCCUGCCCAAUAGCUCCUUUUGGUUUCUUGCCUGAUUCCCUGGCGUCACAAUCCCAAUCUUCGUUUCUCUGGUACCUGGAAAUAGCCGCGAAUAUAUCUUAG